AUGCUUGUAAACUCCUACGAAACUGGAGGGAAUGCAGAGGACUUCUGUGUGGUGUUCUCCUUUGCCGAAGAAAAUGCAGAUGAGAGCAUGAUUGAAAGAUCAAAUGCAGAAUCGAAUGAAACCAAUGUUUUCAAAAACAACAUCAAGACCUUUACCAAAAUCCUGGACAGCCUAUUGGAUGGCUAUGACAACAGACUCAGACCUGGCCUGGGAGGUGAGGCACCAAAACCAAAAACUUUAGAAAGUUACCAGCCAAUCAGCCGUUCUGACCAGGAGUACACAGUAGAUGUGUUCUUCCGCCAGAGCUGGGAGGACCAGAGGCUCCGGUUCCACGGCCCGAUGGACAUCCUGCGCCUCAACAACCUAAUGGCUAGCAAGAUCUGGAUCCCUGAUACCUUCUUCCACAAUGGCAAAAAGUCUGUGGCCCACAACAUGACCAUGCCUAACAAGCUGCUGAGGAUAAUGGAGGACGGGACCCUGCUUUAUACCAUGAGGUUAACUGUUCAGGCUGAGUGUCCCAUGCACCUUGAAGACUUCCCAAUGGACUCUCACUCAUGUCCACUCAAGUUUGGCAGCUACGCCUACACCCGGGCAGAGGUCACUUACCUCUGGACCCGGAACGCCUCAGAGUCCGUGGAGGUGGCCCCCGAUGGAUCCAGGCUUAACCAGUAUGACCUGGUGGGCCAGACCGUGGGGCAGGAGACCAUCAGGUCCAGCACUGGUGAAUACAUUGUCAUGACUGCCCACUUCCAUUUAAAAAGAAAGAUUGGCUACUUUGUGAUUCAAACAUAUCUACCUUGUAUCAUGACGGUGAUCCUCUCCCAAGUCUCUUUCUGGCUCAACAGGGAAUCUGUACCAGCAAGAACUGUCUUUGGUGUCACCACAGUGCUCACUAUGACAACAUUGAGCAUCAGUGCCCGCAAUUCACUUCCAAAGGUGGCCUAUGCCACAGCCAUGGAUUGGUUCAUAGCCGUCUGCUAUGCCUUUGUCUUCUCAGCGCUCAUUGAAUUUGCCACCGUGAACUACUUCACCAAGCGCAGCUGGGCUUGGGAUGGGAAUAGUGUGGUGAAUGAUAAGAAGAAGGAAGCUGCCGACACAUUGAAGAAGAACAAUGCUUAUGCUGUGGCUGUAGCCAACUACUCCCCCCACAACACCAAGGACUCCCCAUUGCCCACCAUCUCCAAGGCCGCCACCAGGGAGCCCUUCGGCGUGAGGGGGAGAGCGGCGGCCCAGCCUGAGCAGAACAAGAAGACCUUCAACAGUGUCAGCAGAAUCGACCGCAUGUCCCGCAUCCUGUUCCCCAUUCUGUUCUGGGGCUUCAACAUGGUGUACUGGGCGACGUAUCUCAACAGAGAUCCGGCUAUCAAAGAUAAGGAGCCUUCCUCAUGA